AUGGCGCAUAUUGCAGCAAAGGUAAAGUGUUUCGCGCUGGGCUUCAUGGCACGUAUGCUGACACUCUCUGAAGGGAUCAUCCCAGUGAUGAAGCGGCUUCUAGAGAAAUGCCCAAUGACACAAAAAGCUUACCUCUGUAGCCAGCAUGUACAGCAUAUCUCCAAAUUACGACGUGAAGGUCUGUUCCAGAAACUAUAUUGCCGAAGUCUGGCUGACAGUGCACGCAUUCAAGGCAGUUUCUGUGGUUAUCGGAAUAUCCAGAUGCUGAUUUCCUACAUUGUCAACGCUAAGAGCGAAGGUGCGAACAAGUUUGGGGACACGUUCCCUUCUAUUUUCACGAUCCAGGACAUGAUUGAGAACGCAUGGGACAACGGGUUCAAUCCUGAAGGCCGUAUUGAGACCGGUGGUAUAAGAGGCACGCGGAAAUACAUUGGCACACCCGAGGCUUUCAGGGAGAAGGAGGCUGGUAGAUCCGGUAGAAUGCUAUUCGGGGCUAUCGAGUCAUACUUUAAGGGAGGAGUUGGGAACGAAGUCGCAAACCAAAAGUCCAAGGUCUCGUUGACGACAUUGCCACCUAUUUACCUUCAACACCAAGGUCAUUCGAUGACGAUUGUCGGGUUCGAAAAGAUGAGCAAUGGAAAGGACACUCUACUCGUGUUUGACCCGUCAUUUCGCGAUACCCCAGCCGCCAGAGAACUAGUAGGUCAUACUGUGCGAUGUCCCGAUCAUAAAGCGGAGAGCAUACUCCAGCAAUAUCGACGAGACAGUAAAUACGUACGCAAGUAUAGUGAAUUCGAGGUCCUCUAG